AUGAAAUCAAACAAUCUACCAGUUGACCAGAAACAGAGGAAAUUAACUCAGUUAGCAUCAACACACAACCAAUAUCAACCAUUUUCUUCUUAUUAUCUUUGGUAUCUAAUAGACAGAUUUCAUUUUAUCAUUGAUGAUAUUCAAUCAAUUUUAACAUUUACGAAAAACACUUGCUUUAAUGAAUUUGCGAACGAAUUUAUGAACGAAAGACAAAAGGCUGAAUUAGAAGGAAAUAAAGGAAAAAGUUUAUUUUGCAAGAUUUCACUUAAUGGAUCAUAUGGUUACGAUGCAAUGAAUACACAAAAUUACGCAAAGACUAAAAUAAUGAAUGCACAGAAGGCACGCGUUGCAUGUAUGUCAAAUAAGUUUAAAAACAUAAGAGAAAUAGGUGAAGAUACGUAUCAAGUGAUGCUUAAAGAUAGAUUUUAUAGAUGUGAUACAUGUUUACAAGAGGCAUUCUUCACUUUAGAUAACGCAAAAUACUGGUAUUUGGUUUUCAUUUAUGAUUUUAUGUAUAAAUGCAUGAAUGUUAAUCGUUUUCAUUUCAUUGAAGGUGAUACUGAUUCAUCUUAUUGGGCAAUCGCUGGCGACCCAAAUCUUCCUAACACUCAAGCAUUUCAAGCAAUUGUUACUGAUAAACAAUUUUAUGAUAAAAACAUUUACAAAUUCGCACCUUUUGAUUUCUUUUGUUUUAAUGAGAAAUUUAAACCUAAAUUAAAGAAUAAAGCUGAAGAAAAAGCACAUGAGAAGAAGUUAUUGGGUUUAGCAAUUGAGAAACAAGGUGAUAACAUGGUUGCUUUAUGCCCUAAGUGUUAUACAUCAUUCAACGGUUCAAUUGAUGGAAGUGAUUUUAAAAAGAUUGCACAAAAAAUGAAAGGAGUUAGUUUAC